AUGGCCGACGAAAACGUAACAGCAGCUGGGGAUUGCCAAGCAAACCUCGAUGAAGGAGAAACAAAACUGGAAGCGACCCUGCAGACGGAGUCGGAAGCGAGGCCGGUGACGCCGGAAAUAAAGCUCACGGAACCGGAGGAAAUCCUGCUGGAGCCCGGAGUACGACCGGUGACCCCGGAAAUAAAGCUCACCGAACCGGAAGAAAGUUUGCUGGAAUCCGACGAUAGUUUGACGACCCGUGACAUAAUCCCACCGGAACCGGAAACUGAUCGAGCGGAGGCCGAACCGAGCGAGACGAAACCGGAAGAAAUCGGAACAAACCCGGAAUCGAGCGCUACGUCCCCGCAAGCGAGCCAAACGGAACCGGAAGAAAGUCGGACGGAAUCGGAACCCGUCCCGCCGUCGCGAGUCGGUCGCAGGGUCGCCGUGGUUGCGGCGGUUGUCGUGGCGAUCAUCGCGGCACUGUGGCAGGUGGAAGCGCCGGAGGAUCGGACGCCCCUGGUGGACAAGUCAGUCGUGCUUAGCCUUAGCCAACCCCAUCUUUUCAGCCUCGUGUCUGACUUGGAGAGAGUGCCUCAGUGGUUUCCAGAGGUUCUUGACGUGGAUGAAGUUGACACCUCACCGAUAAAAGCGGGAAAGCAAUACAACGUCGUUUUCACGACCCCCGUCGGCUGGGAGCACCACGUGACGGUGGCGCUGCUGUCUUUCUCUCCGCCCGACUCGCUGACGUUGAGCACCGAUUCCGCGGUCCUCCCCGCCACCGUCGAGUUCCGUGUCCAGCAGCUGCCGGCAGGCACCGGCGGAGCAGAGCGGGCGCGGCUCACUGUUCGCUUGUUCUCCGACCAUCGCAGUUACCUGUUCAAGAUGCUCGGACGACCGGCGAUGCGCUUCGUCAGCGGCAACAUGGUUCGCAACGCCCUCUUCAGACUCAUGCUCAACUCCGGAUGACUAUCCACGCCACAGCGCCCCCUGGAGGCGAUAACACCGCCGGUAUCGCGGAAGAUGCAUCUAACUCAGAAGCAGUAAACGAGGCGUAGAACCACAGAGUUAGUUAUACACGGGUUAGUAGGUAGCAGCGCAUCCCUGCCAUGCUGUAGGUUGGGGGGGGGGCGUGCUAUCACACACCGAGCGCACACACACAUUUACACAUACAUUCACACGUGC